GCCCUUUUUGAAACGAGCGCGUAGCGUGGUUGGUUCUUCAUAGUAAUAAAAGUUUCAUGGAUGAACAUAAGUCGAUUGACUUAUCAUUACUACUGAAGACUGAACAGUUUCGUUGGUCUAUAGAGUAUUGGAACAUUUGGGCGGGACUUGUUUUAGUGUUCACGAGUUAGAUCGCUGAUUAUUCUUGUUAUCGCGUGUGCACUUUUGUCGUAGUAUGUCUUACGAUUAUGAUGAGAAUACUGUUGUAGAUGAGUUUUCGUCUAUGGCUAUCCAUUCAAAUGGUCCAGAUGGUAGUGGUGCCAAACUUUAUGUGCCUCCUCAUUUGCGAAAUCGUGGAACUUCAGAUGGUCUCGCAGACUCUGUAAAUGAUUUUAGUCAAUUUAGUCGCCCUUCCCGUGGUAUUGGUGGUGAUAACUUUCGUGGACGUCCUUUUCGUGGUUCGUAUAGUAACAGGGGAUCAAAAGUUGGGAACGAAAGGCAGCAAUCUGACUCACGGUGGUCAAGCUUCAACGUGAAUACUCAGUCACGGGGUGGUCAUUCUACUUUGGGGUCAAAUGUUCCCAGACGCAGUUGGAAUGCACCCACUGAAGACUGGACUCAACAGUUGCCACGAAACGAGCGUACAGAACAAGAGCUUUUCAAGAAAGUGAGCGCAGGCAUAAACUUUAACCAAUACGACAACAUUCCUGUAAAUGCAACGGGGCCAAACUUUAACGACAGUGCAUCAACUAUAUCUUCAUUUACCGAACUUUCACUUCAUAAAAUUGUACGUGACAACGUUGAACUGGCCAACUAUGAGCGUCCUACACCAGUACAAAAGCAUGCUAUACCAAUAAUUGCAUCAGGUCGGGACCUAAUGGCAUGUGCACAAACUGGUUCAGGAAAAACUGCUGCAUUCCUUAUUCCAAUCCUAAACAACAUGAUUAAGCAGGGUCCCGGUGAUUCUAUAUGCGCCACUAUAAACAACAACCGAAGAAAACAGUUCCCUGUAGCUCUUAUACUGGCUCCAACUCGCGAAUUAGCAUCGCAGAUUUUUGAUGAUGCCCGAAAGUUUUCCUAUAGAUCUCUUAUCAGACCAUGUGUUCUUUACGGUGGUGCUGAUAUGAGAACGCAGUUGAUGGAGUUGUCCGAAGGCUGUAAUCUGUUAGUUGCCACUCCAGGUCGACUAAGUGAUGUUUUAGAACGGGGUCGAGUCGGCUUAGACCAUUGUCGGUUCCUUGUUCUUGACGAAGCUGAUCGUAUGUUAGACAUGGGGUUCGAACCACAGAUUCGUCGUAUUGUGGAGCAAGAUGCUUUCCCACCUUCCGGCGAGAGACAGACGCUUAUGUUCUCGGCAACUUUCCCUAAUGAGAUUCAGAUUUUAGCCAAAGAUUUCUUAAGCAAUUAUAUAUUUUUGACCGUUGGACGUGUUGGGAGUACGAGUGAAAAUAUCACGCAAACGAUACUUUGGGUUGAGGAGAAUGCUAAACGAGAUACUCUAAUCGAUUUGCUUGCUCACUCAGAAGCAGGUACACUAACAUUAGUUUUUGUUGAAACAAGACGGGGUGCAAACGCUCUUGAAAACUAUUUAUACUCACAGAAGUUUCAAGUUGCCAGUAUACAUGGAGAUCGUACUCAGGAAGAUCGAGAAUUAGCGUUGUCUUGUUUUCGUUCGGGAAGAACGCCAGUGCUCGUUGCAACAGCUGUUGCAGCUCGUGGUUUGGAUAUUCCAAAUGUCAAGCACGUUAUCAAUUACGAUCUUCCGUCAGAUAUUGAAGAGUACGUACAUCGCAUCGGUCGAACUGGUCGUGUUGGAAAUCUUGGACUGGCUACUUCUUUUUUCAAUGACAAAAACCGCAACUUGGCCCGUGGUCUAGUCGAGUUGCUUGAAGAAGCUAAUCAGGAUAUCCCGCCUUGGUUGAAAGCAAUUACAGGAGACGCAAGGCCUACAAGUUUCCAACGUCCAAGAAACAAUCGUCGGUAAUUUUACAACUCAUCUCUGAUUUCUUACAUUGUACAAGUUGUCAUGACUACUGGGCCGUCUAGAUCAUCUCAUUAGGAAGUUAGGGUGAAGCAUUCCGAAAAUCCUGUUCCGUAACAAUACUACGUAGUGAUUUAAAAUAUGGAGACGACUCAGUUUCACUUAUCUUAAGGUUUAAGGACGUUGCUUGGACACUAUGUUUCUGGCGGUUUUGGUGCUCGUGAUUAUCGACAAACUCCCUCACGUGGUGCUAAUAAUUCUAAUCGUCCUACUGGCCCAACGUCUAGAGACUAUGGAUUGCUUCGCGACAGUAGCUAUUACGAUUCACAACCAUGCUCGGUGUCACAGAGUUCUCCAGACUGGUGGGGCAAUUAGCAGUCAUAAUUAACUACCAUGAACAAUACACUUUUUGAUCCUGUCGUUUUUUAUAAUUUAAAUCAUUUUCGACAAUUUUUACAUCAGCGGAAACUUGCUUUCAUAAUUUACUUUGGAAUUCACGCCACCAAAUAGGUGCAGUUGUUGUCCCUUCCCAAAUUUAGUUUUGAUUACCAAUUCAGUAUGUGCAUCCAUGUGGGCAUAAUAGCGGUAAUUCUCCAUAGAUAUCAUUUGUGAAUUGCCGCUGUUCUUUCCAAAACCUGCAUUUAUUUUUGUCAAGGUGUGAUUUUCCCAGUGAAUUAAGAUGAGUUGGACCGCUUUUUGGUAUUUGGAAAAAGCUUGUAUUGAAUAAAAAACUAGAUUUAAAAA